AUGAAAAAGGUGGCUUAUGCUAAGUUGGUGGAGAUCAAGGAUGAAGAGAUGAAGCGAGUGAGCAGGGAAGAGUACAAGUUAGCAAAGAAGGAGGCUAAGUUAGACAUUACGGCUGCUAAGUCAGCAGCUUUUGAGAGUUUGUAUAAGGAGUUAGAGGAGAAAGGCGGGGAAAAAAGGUUAUUUAGGCUUGCGAAGGUUAGGGAAUGGAAGUGGUGGGAUCUGGAUCAGGUGAAGUGUAUUAAGGGGGAGGAUGGCAGAGUAUUGGUUAACGACGCCCUCAUUAAGAAAAAAUGGCAGUCGUAUUUUCAUAGGCUCUUGAAUGAGGAGAGAGACAGAGAAGUUGUGUUAGGGGAGUUGGAGCACUUCAUAGAGUGUCACAAUUUUGGCUAUUUUCAGUGUUUUAAGGUAGAGGAGGUCAGUGACGCCAUUAGCAAGAUACGAAGAGGCAGGGCGACGAGGCCCGACGAGAUCCCGGUUAAUUUUUGGAAGUUUUCUAGCGGGGCAGGGUUGAGGUGGCUGAACAACUUAUUUAACAACAUUUUGAAGAUUUCUAGGAUGCCCAAGGAGUAG